ACCAAACACUGCUUUUUACGUUAACCAAAGAGAAAACCAGUUUUGAAGCUGAUCUACAUCUAAGAGCAAAAAUGAAGUUUCUGUUGGCCUCUGUUCUCGUUUUAAGCGUAAUCCUUCUUGUCACUGCACGACGAGGUCCACCUGAGAGAUUCGGCAGAAGAGGAGGAAAGGUGUCCCGUGGUUUUGGCCAGGAACGAGGAUUUGGAGGAGUCCGUGGACGAGGUCGAUUUGCUCGCCCAGGAAAGGAGUCGCGUGGUUCCAAAUCCCCAGGCUCUGGCCAGGAGCGAGGAUUUGGCAGAAGCAAACCUAGUGGUCGUCCCUUUCCAAAAUUGUUUCCAAAAUUGGCUGAACUAUGUGUGAUGAUCCAGAAUGCCAACUGUUCCGAUUCUGCACUUCCCGCUAGAGAAAUAUGUGACGUCAACGGUGACGUGUACUCCAACAUCUGUGAGUUUCUUCAAGCCAAAUGUAAAACCCCCAACCUGAAGGCAGUUAGAUGUCCUGAUCCAGCCGAGGACCCGGACGACGGAUCCGGAGAAAUCCCAGAAGUCGCACCAACCGAAACCCCUGACGAGACCAAGGCUCCUGAAAUUGCCAAAGAACCAUAAAACACGUUGUCUAUUUGAACCAUCCAUUCAUUCCAUUGCAUACUUCGCACCUAAG